GUUGGACAGAAGCCAGAUACUGGUAUGUUCUGUAAACAGUUGAGAAUAAUACUUAUAGUAUAAACUUCUCUCUCUAUAUAUGUAUAUAGUAUUCCUGGAGAGAGAUACAGAGAGAGAUGAGCAGGGAGAGAGAUAUGGGUGGGGAAGACUGAGGUGCAUCAGAUCGUCAGAAGUACCCAAAAGGAUCACGAAAUAUCUGUGACCACCCUUUUUAUCCUCCUUAUAUAUACUAUAUUAUUCACCUAGCUCCUCUAAAUCUCUAUAGUAUACGCCUCUCUCUCUCUCUCUCUCAACAGAACAAAACACACAUUGAUAUUCUCUCCCUCUCUCUCAUUCUUUCUGUUGUUGGGGAGAUGGAUGUUUCAGGUUCAUUUUCAUCAUCUGCUGAUAGCAAUGGGAGUGGACAAGAACCCCAUGUUCUGGCUGUUGAUGAUAGUCUCGUUGAUCGUAAAAUCGUGGAGAGACUCCUCAAAGCCUUCUCUUGCAGAGUGACUACUGCAGAAAGUGGUAUGAGGGCACUAGAGUAUUUGGGCUUAAGAGACGAUCAACAGAACACUUUGAAUAGCAAUGGUUCAAAGGUGAAUUUAAUAAUUACAGAUUACUGUAUGCCUGGAAUGACUGGCUAUGAGCUUCUGAAGAAAGUUAAGGAAUCAUCAUUGUUGAAGGAAGUUCCUGUUGUGAUAAUGUCAUCCGAGAACAUCCCAACUCGAAUUAGCAAGUGCUUGGAAGAAGGUGCUGAGAUGUUUAUGCUUAAGCCCCUGAAGCAAUCUGACAUGAAGAAACUAAGGGUACAGUUGAUGAAAUGUUGAGCCUUGAAUCAUAAAUAUUAUUAGCGGGGAAUAGUGAAAUGGUGAUACUGAUCUUGUGUUUUGGGUUUUUGGUUUUUGGGGUUUAAGGUAGUAACAGUCUUUGUGACUGGAUCCUUGUAGUCUGCAGAAAAGGGUAUAUGAGAAAUUAGAAAUGCAACCUAGCAGCAUUGAUUUUGUCUUCUAAAAUGACUGCUUUAUUUUCAUUUUGCUCUGGCCUCUAGUUAAUGAAAAUUUGAAUAUUUACUUGGAUUCA